AUGGGCCGUCCACUAAUGAAGGCAUGCACAGUGGGUGGAAAUGCCAUCUCUGCAUUUCUUUCCUGGCGAUUGCAAGCAACCACAUCCUGCGACGUGACGUUGGUAUGGAAAUCUGGCUUCGAAGCAGUGGCUCAAUAUGGUGUUUCAUUCAAAUCAAAAGCAUUCGGAAAUGAGCGAUUCAAGCCUCGUCAUGUGGUUCGUACGCCCGAAGAAGCUUCCUCCCGAGAAAACGCCUACGACUAUGUGAUUCUCUGCGUCAAGGCCCUGCCCGACGUCUACGACUUGGCCUCCGUCAUCGAGUCCGUCGUCACACCCCAACACACAUGUAUCCUCGUCAAUACAACAAAUACCAUCGGCAUUGAGGCUCAUCUGGAGCAACGGUAUCCCACCAACGUCAUUCUUUCCCUAGUCUCCAACGUGGAGAUCUCGCAAACGGGUCCCAGUGAAUUCGAGCACCUGAGCUCCAGCGAAAUUUAUGUGGGCGCGACCAACAAGCAGACAGCCAUUCCGAGCUCGAUCCAAAACGACAUGGCGGCCGCCUUGGCCAUGACACUCAACUCCGGGCAGGUGGAUUGUCACGUCUCGCAGAACAUCCGGCAGGAGCAAUUCGAGCGGAUGAUAGGUCCGAUUGCUUUCCACCCCACCAGUGUUGCGUUUGAGACGCCGAACCACACACAGCUUCUCGAAAAGGUUGGUGUCCGUCAAUUAAUCACCGGGAUUCUCGACGAGCUCCUGGAGCUGGCUCGAGUACAUGGCUGCGACUUCCCGACCGAUUUCCGCGACAAAACGAUUGAGAAGAUGACGGCGAUCGAAGGUCCGAGUACGAUGUACCAGGAUUUCCAGGCGCGUCGUCCGUUGGAAAUUGAGACCUUUUUGGGGUCCUCCAUCAAAUUGGCCACUGAGGCGAAUGUCCCUGUCCCUCGGAUCGAGGUCCUUUACGCUAUGUUGCACCACAUCAACACCACUAAUCAAAACAGGCCCCGCGCGGCAGACUCCCCGCCUGCCUCGGUCGCUGGUCACCCACCACCCCGAGUGUCUUCGACAGUACCGCCUCAGCGCCCACCGAUGAACGGUGCGAUGCGAUCGAGUCGGACCCACUCCAACAUGGGGAUGCCUCCUCCCGGCCAAAGACGCGGUCCUCCUCCGGGCAUGAUGCCCCGAGGGCCUGGGGUGCCGGCGCCCAUGCCCAUGGGACCCCCCAGUAGAGGAAUUCCCCGUGACACAUCAUUAGAGGGACUCGAGGAGUUCAGUCACCUGGUGGUCUACGAUGGAGAGUCGGAAGGUGCCAUGCCUCCGCCCCAGAUGAACGGCAACGGCAACGGCAGCGGCAACGGUCAUCCGGAGGGCACCCCGUCUCCCAACGAUAUUGCCUUGCGGGAACGCGAGCUGGCUCUACGUCAGCGUGAAUUGCAACUCCGGGAACAGGAGAUGAGCAUGCGACGAGGUCCCGGCCCUGGCCCUGGUCAUGGCCAUGGCCCCGGUCCCGGCGCUGGUCCUGGUCCCGCCCCCGGUCCUGGUCGCCGCGGGCCACUUCCACCUCGUACCCCCGUCGGUGCCUUCGAUGAAGAAGACGAGGAUUACUUCGACCCGAUGGACAAUAUGGCAAUUCCUCAUCUCGAUCCGGAUCAAGUCGAUAUGAUGAGCAUCACAUCACGCCGCGCCCGCAAGGCACCCAGCGCCAGUCAGAUCCGCAAGAACCCCGAAAUGUUUGCCAGUGGCGGUCCCAUGCAUUCAAAUCGACCUGCAUCCUCCUUUGGUCGCUAUUUCGGGCGGAAGCGGACGAGCGAGCGAGUGAUGCAGGAAAUCCCUGGUCUCCACGACUCCCUGAUGGAUAACCCGAUGAUGAGUUACUCCUCCAACCGUUAUGGCUCCGUGGAUCGGAACCAGAUGGGUAUCGAUUCGCGGGCAAACUCCCUCACCGCCAGCCACAUGGGGGAUUACCCUCCUCGGCCAUACCCCCAAAGUCGCCGCAACAGUCAGUCCCCCGCCGCGCCGUUCCCCGGACCUCCUGGUCCCCCUGGCCCAUCCCGGAUGGCGCGUCCAAUGACCGGCCAUGAACAGCCCAUGGGGCCUCAUGGUGGUCAUCCUCGCAACGGCCAUCCAUCGCCGCCUGGAAAUCUCCGUACGCCCGCCUCCCGGCAGCCGUCCGCACAAGGCCCGCCGGCACCGCACCAGCUUGAACAACAGUAUGGGGUGAGCAACUCGUUUCCCAUCAAGGGCCCUCCCAAGAAUAAAAGUCUGACCGGAAGUGCGAGCGCCAGUGCUGAAAGUGGUGACAGUGGCGCGAGCGCAAACCUUGAUUCCGAAGCGUCUGCGCAUAGCAGCCAAAUCAGUCUCGGGGACCAUCAAGCUCUUCCGGCUGCGCCAGUUCGCUAA